AAGAAUAAAUAUACCAUGGCGGUGUAUUAUAAAUUUAAGAGUGCAAGAGAUUAUGAUUCAAUUCCCAUGGACGGUCCUUUCAUCUCUGUUGGUACAUUGAAAGAAAAAAUAUUUGAAUCCAAGCAUUUAGGCAGGGGUACUGAUUUUGAUCUCGUGGUAACCAACGCCCAGACCAAUGAAGAAUAUCUUGAUGAAGCAAUGCUGAUUCCUAAAAAUACCUCAGUGUUAAUUCGUCGGGUUCCUGGUCGGCCACGUUUACCAAUUGUUACUGAACUAGAGCAAAAAAAGGUGGAAAAUACGGCUAUGGAAGCCGAACCUGAAAACAGCAGCUUACCAGCUGAAGAUGCAUCUGCUGUAAAAUAUCCAGAAGAUUCUGAUUGGGAUGAAUUUGGAAAUGAUUUGUAUGCGAUUCCUGAUGUACCACCCAUUCAAUCAAGCAACUUAAUUCCUGAAGCUCCUCCAACCAACAAAGCUGAUGAAGAAAGUAAGAUAAAGGCUUUGAUUGAUACUCCUGCCUUGGAUUGGCAACAUCAAGGAUCGGACUUUGGUGCUGGUAGAGGUUUUGGAGGAGGUAUGGGUGGACGGAUGGGGGGUGGUCGUGGUUUUGGGCUGGAGCGGAAAACACCUCCUCAAGGCUAUGUAUGUCACAGGUGCAAGGUUCCUGGCCAUUUUAUUCAGCACUGCCCUACAAACGGUGAUCCAAAUUAUGACAUCAAGAGAGUUAAACAACCUACUGGUAUUCCGAGAUCCAUGCUGAUGGUGAACCCACAAGGUUCCUAUGCUCUACCAAAUGGUUCAGUAGCUGUAUUGAAGCCAAAUGAGGCUGCUUUUGAGAAAGAAAUAGAAGGUUUACCUUCCGCCACACGUUCUGUUGGGGAUCUACCACCUGAGCUCCACUGCCCCUUGUGCAAUGAUGUGAUGAAAGAUGCUGUGCUGACAAGCAAGUGCUGUUUUAAAAGCUUUUGUGACAAAUGUAUUAGGGACUAUGUUAUCUCCAAGUCCAUGUGCAUAUGUGGUGCAACAAAUAUUCUUGCAGAUGAUCUUUUACCAAAUAAGACCCUAAGAGAUACUAUUAAUCGUAUAUUGGAGUCAGGCAAUAGCAGUGCUGAAAACGCUGGGAGCACCUUUCAAGUUCAAGAUAUGGAGUCUGCUCGUUGUCCACAACUGAAGCUUCCAUCUCCAACCUCAUCGGCUGCAUCUAAGGGAGAACCAAAGGUUUCACUUGUUCAUGAAGGAAUGACACAUGUACCGGAAACUGUUGAUGAUAGAAAAACAGUUUCUGCUCCAGCUCCAUUGCAAACAUCAGAGCAAGUGAAGCCCAGAAUGCCUGAUGUAAGUGAAGCUACACAUGAGUCGACGAGUGUAAAGGAACCAGCCUCACAAGGGAGUGCUCAGUUGGUUGAGGAGGAAGUCCAGCAAAAAAUGGUUUCUGCUGAGGCAGGAAAGAAGAAAAAAAGGAAGAAAGUCUGUUUGCCUGCAAAUGAUUUUCAGUGGAAAAGCCCACACGACCUUGGGGCUGAGAGCUACAUGAUGCCAAUGGGCCCAGCACCUGGUUACAGUUCAUACUGGAAUGGCAUGCAACCUUGUAUGGAAGGAUUUAUGGGACCAUAUGGUGGCCCGAUGCAAAUGAUGGGUUAUGGCCUGGGCCCCUUGGACAUGCCAUUUGCAGGUGGUCUGCCUCAUGAUCCAUUUGGCAUGCAGGGUUACAUGAUGCCUGUUGUUCCACCUCAUAGGGAUCUUGCUGCUGAGUAUGGCAUGGGGAUGAAUGUUCCACCUCCAGUUAUGAGUAGAGAGGAGUUUGAAGCUCGGAAAGCUGAUCGUUGGAGAAAGCGUGAAAAUGAGAAACGGAUUGAUAGGGAUUUCUCCAAAGAUCGAGAUUUUGGUAGGGAAGCGAGCAGUAGUGGGGAUGUUCCUAUGAAAUCAAAAACUGGUCUAGAAGUUGUAACAAGGGUAACAAGGAUGAGUGUGCCACCACGUGAGGUGGAGCCUCCACGUCCUAUCAAGAGAAAAGCUGACUACCAUGUGGAUCGGGAGUAGAAAAAGCUGACUACCAUGUGGAUCGGGAGUAGGAAUGUGAACGUGACCGUGACCAUGAUCGUGAGCAGAGGGACCACCGUGAUGGAGAAAGAGGCCAUCACCAUCGCCACCACCGGUCAGAAUCCUCUUCCCCGGAUGUCAUCUGAACCAGUCACCAAAACUUCCUCAACUGCACUAUCAUCCGCCGUAGCUAGAGACCGCAAGCAGGAGGCCAGUGUUUUCUCCAGCAUAAGCUUCCCCGCUGAGGCAGAAAUGACCAAGAAGAGGAAGAUAUCUGCUUUUCCCACCACUAAAGCUGCUUCAGCUGGUCCCCCUGCCACAUCUUCAGCCCAUCUCAAGGCAGCAUCGAAAGGCUACUAUGAAGGCAGAGCAGCACGAUUUCUGAAUAUGAGUCCAGUGAUGAUGAGCGGCAUUUCAAACUGAGGCCGCCAUCAAGGCACAAGUUGUCUACCUAGACUAUAAAGCAGUUCUUCAUUC